AGAGGGUGAGCAAGAAAAACGAAAAAGAAGAGAGACUUAUUACAAAGUAUAAUGAGAAAGUGACAGUAUUCAUUAACUCUGUUAUUGGAAGUAUGAUUGUUUUUCCAGGAUGCUUUCGGAAUUCGUACUCAAUAAAAAAAACCUGGGAUACAAAAUUAUUACCAUCUGAUUCAAGUAAUGCAGAUGCAUUCAAAUGUCAUUUAGGAUUAAUUAUAAGCAAACGAGGAUUAAUUAAAACACAUAAGGAAUAUAUUAAUUUCUAUACUAUGCCUAAAAUUCAAUACGUCAAUUUGAAUAGGAAUUUAGAGAUUGAGCUUUCCACUACAAAUUCCAUUUUAUAUUCUUAUUUUCUGAACAAUGGCAUCGCAAUUUCGAAAGAUCAGGCACAUGAGCUAUUUGAAUCUGUACGGUUUAUUAUUCCAGAUAUACGCUCACCAAACUUUGAUAUUAAUGCUGAUGCAUUUCAAGCCAUGCAUUUUAAUAUCUCUAUUCCGUUGGUUGAAAUAAGCUUUGAUAGUAUUAGUCCAUCUGACGAACUAAUCCAAACGCUAGAAAGUGCAGUGCAAAAUACAAACCCAUAUCUUUUAUUGUGCAAAGCGUUUGAAAAGUUUGGAGACUUAAUUCCUUGCAAAAUAAUUAUUGGAAAGAAGCUAACGCGUAAUUGUCAAGAAUUUUCAUUAAUGCAAUAUGAUAAUGUUGAUCAAUUUAUGGAAAUUCCGUUAAAGAAGGUUACUGAUGAAAACAAUAGCGAAUUUCAAGAUGUUCUAAAUGAAUGGAAAACCCUUCUUUUUCGAUAUGGAUUUGACUCAACCUAUUUAAUUGGAAACGAAGAAUGCGUUAAAAUCGAACAUAUUGAAGAAUGGAUGUCAAAAGAAGACUUGCAGCUAGAAAUCAUAAAAUAUUUAGAUCUGAAACCAACUUAUAAAAUCUUCAAUCAUUCGAUGUGCAAGAAGAUUGAAAAAUGUUUUAUGAAAGAAAAUCAGGUCUUAAUGACUGGUUAUAUUAAAAUCGAUAGUAUUAAUAUCUGCAAUUAUUAUGUCGAAUUUGACACUCCAUUGCAGAGUGACAACUAUCAGAUUUUUGGUUUAAUAACGAACAAUAAUUCGAAGAUUUCGAAGAAUUCCAUCGUCAAAUUCGAGUCUUUAACAAAACAUGGAUUUGUGGCUAUUUUUAAAAGUUUUGAUGACAAAAAAGUAUGUGAUUAUAAUGUUUCCUGGAUGAUGAUCGGGAUCCCUAGAGUGGUGGGAUUUUAUAGUAUUCACACUCGUGAUCUCGCGAUAUUAUACGAGCGAGAAGUAAACAUCAACAUUUCCUCCGAGGUGAAAGAAUACGAAAUUCGAUUAUAUUUUUCAUCCCUUUUACGUUCAAUUUAUUUCUUAAGCACACGUAUUGAGUUUCCAAAAGAUUCGAAUGCCCCUUUUAUAGAAACUCAAUACUUGGAAGAAACCAGGGUCGUAAAAUUGAUCAACAAAGACGAAGAUAUUAAUAAGAAAGUUGAUAACUUUGUAUUUCAUUAUAUAUUUUACUCAUUUCCUUCAUAUCAGGACUGGAUUAUUCCUGACCUUAUAAUGCUUUCAAAUAAGAAAUACUCGCCAGAGAAAUCAAACUUAUGGGAAUUUUCAUUCCAGAAUCCCUAUAGAUUAUAUGGAAAAAAUCUGGGGCACACUAUUCCGCAAACUUGA